GAGUUGGUUAAAAGAAAUGGAUCUGAGGUCAAAAAAACUCUUACAUGCCAAUCAGAGCAUGACAUACGCCAGAGAGCCGAGUUCAUUUGUCAAUCAUGCAAAAUUAUAAUUUGUGGGUCAUGUGGUAUGACGCAUCACCGUGAUCCUACACAGCACCAAACAUUCCCAAUUGAUGAGAAGCUCAAACAGAUGGAAGAGGAUCUCCGAGAUUUACUCGAGUGGGGGAAGAAUGAAGGAAGAGAGCAAGUCGAACGUAAAGAAUUAUUGGAAUUGAAACAACAGGAAGUGACCACUAGAUUCAUGGCAGUCGAAGCAGCUAUCGAUCGUACCUUUGCAGAAGAGCGUAAGCUUCUAGAAGACAGAGAGAAACAUCUUAAAAAACAUUUGUGGGAUAUGAAGAGCUCCAUCAAAACAGCGCUACAGAAGCGAUGCAACGCUGAGGAGGAAGCAACACCCAUAUUAUCAGAUCUAAACUGCCUCACUGAAGACAUCCUUGAAGGUGGUGCUGGCGCUGUAAUGGAAAUGCACCAAGAAAUCAUUGAUGGGUAUCAGUCACAGAAACAAAGAGUAGCGCCAAACAAUGCACUUGGUUCACUGCAACGCCGAUUGGAGUUCAUUUCAGACAUUCGUUUCGAGCAGGAAUCAAAAAAAGAAAUCCCUAUGGUUGGGAGAAUCAUGUCAAACACUGGACAUUGGAUGGUGGAGCAGGUCAGAUUUGCAGUUCAUGUCAAUUGCAAUCCUUCAAGCAUCAUUGAGUUGUCAAAUGGAUUGAUGGCUGUGGGAUUUAGCAUGAAGAGUGAUAUUGAAUUAUUUGAUAAAUCUUGUCAGCGCUACAGACCAGUCGGUCCAAUGGCUGUCAAAGAUAUGGCCCCGCUUUCCAAUAAUUGCUUCCUAGUCCUAGAUCAAGAUGGUGAUGUCAGUCGUGUCUCUGCCUCUACGAAUAAAUCUGCUUGUCUUCUCAAACAGGGUAAGGACUUGCUGGAUAAGGACAAACCAUGUUUAAUUGCAGCUGACGCGAGCAAUAAGCUUGCUUUGUUAUAUGAAGAUCGAGUUGAGAGCUAUUCUAUAAAUGAAGGAGUACCUGAACACACCAUCAAACUCUCAUCUGACGAAGGUGACAAGCCACAUCGAAUGCAGUUUCAUGGGCAUAGUAGUGGUUCAAGUGAUCGCUGCAUUGAGAUCUUGAUGGAUAAUUCAGAAGUAGUGAGAAGCUUCCGUUGUAAGCUGUCGGAGAGUCCACAAGUAAUUGCCUCUGACAUUUGCCUCCAGGAUAAAGUUCAUAUUCAUGGUAGAAAUAUCGGUCAUACCGUCGACAAAGAAGGCAAUCUAUUCAUAGCCUAUACUCAAGAUGCUGAAUUCAUCACGAUUAGGAAGUACAUAGGAGGUGACAUGUCCAAAGAAGAGAUUGUGAUAUGCGAUCUUCAAGUGAUGAUGGAUGAGUGUGGUAGCAUCCUAUUGGCUUCCCCUAGCCCUUUAUGUCUUGUCAUGUGCACAUCUAAGAAGCUCUCAGUUUUCAAGAAAGCUACGGUUGAUGAUUUUCUACUUGAGAUGGGUUUGGCAUAAUUACCACCCGUUUCCACGAGACGUCCAACAUAAACUUUGAAAAUGUUGUCUGCAUACUUUACAUAUUUAUUUCAUACCUUCUGGAAUUUAGUUUAGUUGAGUAGUUUAUAACAUGUUUACAACAGCAA